UUGGUGGGAAGUAUGUGUGAAAAUCGAGAGUUUGGUGACCCUUUAGAGGACAGCAAAGCUGCCUACGUACUUAGCAAUGUUGCCGAAGUCGUUGAGAGAAUUUUGACGUUCGUGCCAACCAAAUCCCUCCUUAGGAUCGCGAGUGUGUGCAGACUGUGGAGGAACACAGCCCGCAGGGUGCUCCGGACCCAGCAGCAGCUGGCCUGGGUCUCAGCCUGUGGACCCUCCACCUCAGAGGUCCAUCCUCUCUGCAGCACCCUGCCGGAUGAAGUGGAGAAUGUAUUUCUCCUGCCUAAAACAGUUCUGGCAAUGGUCGACUGUGAAGCCUUCAGUGGACAGGCUUAUUGCUACAGACAGGACAAAGCAAAAAGAAGCCGCCACUGUCCUGAAACUGUUGAAGAACUGAACCUGCUGUUCCCCAAAGGCUGCGACAUCAUCGGCAUUGCAGCACCAGGCAUCGUCUUGACACCGUCUGGCUCCGGCUCCAGCCCGCCCCAGGAGUACCAGGAGGGGGAGGCUGGCUUUGCCGUCAUGUUUCCCAGCACCGAGGGCGUCCAGAUCAAGCCCUUCCACUUCUGUAAGAAGACCAUCUCUCCAGAAGCUCUGAAAGAGGCCGGACUGGUUGACAACUCAGACCUACGUGUUGUACUGUUGUUUGUCUACGAGGCGUAUAAAUCUGGAGGUGCCCGGUUCCUCAAACAGAUUCUAGACCCUCUGGCCAAAACUAAAGCUCUGAUCGCUGGAGGACUGGUAGAGAGUGCCUUUUCUCCUCCCAGACACUGUUGUGGCCAGGGGACAUACGGCGUGGUGGGCCUGGCUCUGAGCGGCCCCAAAGUGCAGGGCGCAUCUGUGCUGCUGGACCAAGACGUCAGCACUGCAAAGGCGGCCGAGGCGGCCAUCCGGCGGCUAAAAGCAGCCAAGAUUCCAGAGAAAAACACGCUGGCAUUGAUGUUCGCCUGCGUGGGGAGAGGCCGGAACUACUACAACAACCAGGCCAACGUAGAGGCCGACGCUUUUCGCAAGGUGUUCCCCAACACGCCGCUCUUCGGCCUCUUCGGGAACGGGGAGAUCGGCUGCGACCGCAUCAUCAAAGACGACUACACGCUGUGCGACAGCGACACGGACAACCUGGAGCAUUCCUACACCACCGUCAUGACCCUGGUCCAUCUAGGCUGA